AUUAUGUUUUAAUUUCAUAUUUUGUUCUCAUCUAUUUAUUUCUGAUGUCCAGGUGGAGACAAUAUAGUGGGUUUGGGUCCGCCACACUUAUGGUUUAUGACAUAAUGAUGUAUUAUUGGUAUUCCAGCUCAGUCUGUCUGUCCAAUGCCACUCCUGGAAGCAGUUGAUAUUUUCAAUUUCUAUCAUGGAUAUGUCGCUGGCUACCGCUGGCCUUGAUUGGGCACGCAGUGUGGACGCAGCCAUGGACCAACGCAGCCAAGCUUACCAGGCUGGGCCAGCGACUCGACCAAUAUGUGGAAGCAGGACUGAAAUUUUUAAACAGGUGCGUUUGGAAUGUGUGGUGAGUUUAUUGAAGGCAGCUGUGGCUCCACUCAGCUCAUUCAUAAUGGAGGCACUUGCUCUGAAUCACCCUUUAACGGCCGCCAUUCGCCAACAACUGCAACUGGUUCCAAGCAAAAUGGUGCUGAAAAGUAUCAAUUCAAUGAAACCUACAACACCGACCAUGAGAUAUGACGAUGUGUGAAGCGUUGGCUGAAGGCUGAUGAGGCUGGAGAACUGGAGGAUGAUGAGGAAGGGAAUGCAGACACAGGGGAAAGAGGCAAGCUGAGGCUGGAGAGGCAUUUCGAAGGAGACAAAGGCUGUAGUGCUAAAGAUGCAAAUAGGCUGGUAACUGAGACGAAUGUAAUCGAAAUCCCCCAAGAUCCAGAAUAUGGGAAGAUAACGGACAGACGAAAGUUUAUGCCAAUGAGGUAUUGUAAAUGUUGGGGUCUUCUUAUCCUUUCUUUAUUUAUAUUAUUAAAAUUUAAAAUGCUUUUGCAAAACAAAAGGGUUUAAGUAAUAAAAAUGUUGGGGACUUGUAAUCCUUUCUUAUUUAUUAAUAUUAUUACACCAUCCAUUGAUGCAUUGAGCUAAGACAAGUCGUGUUAUGCACGACUUCAGUAAUAUCUUUUAUUUCUAUAAAUAGGGCUGAAAUUCUAUUACAUUGAACCAAUAAAAAUAAUUUUAUUAUACCAUGAAUUGAUAACAAUGAAAAACUAUUAUUUAAACUUUCGUCAAGUGAGGUUUGCAAUCUCCCUGUCUGUCCAUCAAGCAUAGUCAAUCAUUAUAAUUAAAUUAUAAAUUGAAUUUAGAAAUUUAAAUUAGUAAAAAAUUAUCAUUAUCAUCAUAAUCACAUAAAUUAAUGGAUGAAUUUAAAAUAGGAUAAAUUUAUGAGGUUAUAUAGUGUACCUGUGUAAUAAGCAGAAGUAAUUUAAUUUUGAGUAUGGAUUGAAUAAACAAUUAAAAUGAAAUGAA